AGCUAGCGCAGCGGCUUCAGCUCGGAAGGUAGCCAGCGGCUAGCUCAGUACCGCUGCGCUGCUCAUAUUACAAACAAACGGAUUCAUACAUAGCCUACGGGUUUCUACCAAAAAAAAGACACAAUUCCCUCAGCUUCGCUGAGACAUUGCUAUUAAAUGUCUAAAUCGUGAGGUUGUGACGGAGGAGGUUCGGAGGCCGUGUUUUUUGUGGUUGAGUUGAUUCCGAAGGGGAAGAUGUGCAAUGGAAUUUUGGAGUCAAUUUCAAAUGCCUUUUGGGCCCACACCUCAGCCACCGAGCGGUCCUUUGUGUUGCUGCUGGUACUGACUCUAGCGUCCACUGGGCAAGGUUCAGGAUGUGUGAGGCCUUACAUGGUCCAGAACAGCUGGGUAAACCUCACAGAGACCAACAGAGGCUUGUUCCCAGUGGGCACAGUGCUGCAGUACAACUGUGACCCCGGUUACUUGCCAGAUGGACCCAGCAUCCUUACCUGCACCACAUCAGGCCGGUGGUCCUCAGAACCUCCUCAGUGUAUACGAAGUGGUGCAUGCCUACCCCUCUCCAAACCUGAGAAUGGGGGCUACACCUGCCAUCCAUCCCCAUGUCGAUUGUUUUCACAUGGCACUAUAAUAGAGUUCAUCUGUAAUGAGGGCUUUGCUCUCAGUGGAGAUUAUCCCUACCUGACGUGUCAGGAUGGACAGUGGGACGGACCAAUGCAGAUCAGUUGUGUAAGCAAAGGUUGCAUUAGACCCUCUGUGGUGCAACACGGUUCAACUAAUCUGACGGACACCAACAGGAGCUUGUUUCCAGUGGGCACAGUGCUGCAGUACAGCUGUGAUCCAGGUUACCUGCUGGUCGGUCGCAGCAUCCUCACCUGCACUUCGAUCGGAGACUGGUCCUCUAAUCUUCCUCGCUGCAUACGCAAUGACGUUUGCCAGCCUCCAUAUCAGCCAGAAAACGGAGGCUACACCUGCCACCCAUCCCCAUGCAGACGAUUUUCUCAUGGCACUGUCGUGGAGUAUUUCUGUGAUGAAGGUUACAUUCUCAAAGGAGACUACAAAUUCAGAACCUGUCGCUACGAAAAAUGGGACAACAUAUCGCCAGUCACUUGUGUUAUUAAACAAGGCUGUGUAAGACCCUCGAUGGUCGAACAUGCUUUAACUAACCUAACUGACAUGAACAGUAGCUUGUUCCCGGUGGGGUCAGUGCUGCAGUAUAGCUGUGAAUCCGGUUACCUGUUGGAUGGAGCCAGCAUCCUCACCUGUACCACACCCGGACACUGGUCCUCAGAACCUCCUCGCUGUAUACAAAGUGACGUGUGUGAUUCUCCAUAUCAGCCAGAGAACGGAGGCUACACAUGCCACCCAUCCCCGUGCCGAAGACUUUCUCACGGCAGUGUGAUUGAAUACUUCUGCGAAGAAGGUUAUGUUCUGAAAGGAGACUAUAAAUAUCUUACCUGCCAGUACGGCCAGUGGGACAACCAAAUGAAGAUAAGCUGUGUCAUGGAGCAAGACCACAUUCCAACUUUGCCUUUGGGAAUGCCAGCGUUGUCCAUAGUUGCUUCCACAGCAAGUUCAGUGGCUUUAAUCCUGCUGCUGGUGGUGCUGUUUGUACUUUUGCAGCCUAAACUCAAGUCCUUUCAUCGACGUGACCAUGGGGUAUCAGGGCAGCCUGUCUCCAUCAUGGUGGAAGGGGUCCAGGUGACUCUUCCUUCCUACGAGGAGGCUGUAAGCAGCAGUGGAGCUUCCACACUCAGCCCAGAGUCCAGAGUCCAGAUAGUGUUGUCUGAGGGUCAGCAUGCCUCAGCACUAGAGGCCGGCCCGUCGAGGCCAUCUUCUCUCAAACAGCAGCAGUCCGAGAUGCCUGUCGUUCACCCUGUGUUGCAGUCCUCCUCUUCCUCACCGUUGUCUUCCGGUUGGAUUCUGGAGCAUGCAGGUGCAACUGGAUGCACCGCCGCUGCACGUAGAAGGGCAUCUGCAGGCAGUGACCAACACAGCCUGUCGCUAGACUCUGAGAUGGAUUACCCUGAUGAUAUGCCAUUACUGAAGGAGGCCUGAAGCAUACAGAAGAGACACGUCACCAGUGCUGACCUUUACUGGUUAACAGACUUUUAUCAGCAGAGAUGACGCCGGUUAAUGAGUGAAGCGCUCAUUCACUCUGAACAUGGUUCAUCUGACCAUCCCAAAGGAAUACAGAUGAGGAAAUUACAUGUACAUAUGCUUAAAUUAGGCAUUCCAACAGUGUGUACGUUUGUCUACUUUCUGAAAAUGCAGAAAAAAAUGAAAGGAGGAGGCAGGUUGGAAUGAACGAACGUGUCUUAAAAAUGACGCUUUGCAGUUUAUUGAGCAAAUCUGUAAACUCAUUUUGUAAAAACAAAAAUCUGACUUGUUUACUAUUUACAUAAAUCACACGUCACUUAAGAAACACAUUUGCUAAGAUGCAUGAACCCACAUUACUAUUGAAGUAGUAAAAGCUUAUAGUGUUUUCUUCUAACAUUUGGAAGUUUUAGUCAACAGUUACAUGUCAAUAUGUAGGAUAAUACUACAUCCAUCCUAUUUCUCCUUCUGGUUUUCCCUCGUCAUGCUCAUAUUCUUUCCGUUAUAAGGCCUUAGCUUUCCACUUCUAUGCACAGGUAUCUAUAUUAUGUGAAAUAAGGAGUUUUAAAAGUGAAUGUCAGUAAAAUGCCCUCACUGCUUAGUGAUUGAUUAUCUGUGGCAUUGUGAAACACCUCACCUGAAGAUAUUGUAUUUUGUUAAGUUAUUGAGGCUGCUGGGAAACUCCUGCUUCAAGCCUAAAACGUGUUUAUUUAUUUGUGCCGAGAAAGCUGUUGAUCAGCUGUUGUGAUGCCUCUGCAGCUCGUGUAGUCUCUCAAAGGUAGUUUGUAGUUCAUUUUCCUUUGGAUGCCGUAACGUCAGAUGUGACGUAAAGUGUUUGGGCAGAUACGUCCGUCAGAAAAAGCAAGAUAGCAAAAAGAACAUAUGUACAGAUCAGUGUAAUUUCAGUGUUUGCUUUAUUUGACCUUUCCACUGAGUUUACUUUUAGAUUAAAAGGUGUAUGUUUUUGUUACAGCUGCGUUCUGAUAUAUGUAAAAAAAAAAAAAAUUAAGGUCUGAUUAUUCUGUAUAUAUCAUGUACAUUUGAUUAAAUAUUAUUUGAUGUGUUCAA